GCCAGAAAGAAGAAUCCGAGGUUUAGGAACUCGGAGCGGCUCCAAUUUUAGUAUCAGAUGUUUGGAGUUGUUGUAGAACUGCAGAGGACAAUUGGAUGAAUCCUGUCUUUUUGUAGAAAUUACUCGAGUUUGAGUGGGGCUAUUUAUCUAGUGUAGUGCGAGGCAUUGUUUUACAGAAAUGGAAUCCAAACAAAGUACACCUCCAAGUGUGAUGGCAAGACUAAUGCGUCUUGAUGAACUUCCACAACCUCAGGAGGCUGUCCAGAAGCCUCAAAGAGUGCUUUCUGAGAAUUAUCUGUGGAGAGUUGCUUCGAUUGGGGUCGGGAAGAAGCACUCGCUUAGGAAGACACUUGAAGAGAAGAAACAAAUUAAGGAUGUUUGCCAAGUGGUUAAAACAUUGAAGGAAGACGAACAUGCUAUGGGGAAGAAUAGCAUCACCCCCAGAAACCGUUUAGUGAAUGAAAAGCCUCAAACUCCAAAAAAUUUCCAAGAUUCUUUAGAAUUAGUUGAUUCGAAGAAUGGUCAUUUUCAGACAUAUAUCCCAUACAGAAACUCUUUGUUAUCCAAGCCUACUCAUGGUCUGCAAGCUUCCAUUCCCCUCACAAGCAAAAAUAGUACUUCUAUUCGUAGAAAUGUUGAUACUCACAGGAAACGAAAGAGUACUAAAACUGAACUCGGAUAUCUUCGACCGCGUCAAAUACUUGAGAAUAGCAGCACAGUUACAGGUUCUCAUCAAGAAGAAUUUGGUCUUCGUUUCUAUGAUUUCUCGAGAUCUCAGUUGGGGACACAAGAUGAAGCAGGCUCUCCAGAUAGAAGAAUUGUUGUUCUGAAACCAAUGCCUAUUGAGUCUGGUUUUUCUGGAAGAUAUUUCUCGUUACCGUGUUCUAAUGGUAACGCCUUGACCAUAAAAUCUGGGUUAUCGACACCUCCUAUUUGUUCUUCUGACCUGACAAAGCAAUGCCAAUCCGCCGCUUCCUCGAACAAUUCCCACACGUUCCAGAAGCAGCUCUCUGAAAGGUAUCCAAUGAGCAAAAAAGGCAGUUCCCUGAAUGAAUUGUUUGUGAUACAAAAUCACGAUUCGAGACCAAAAAAUCGCAAGCCUAAUAGUCGUAGGCAUGGCCUGAAAAAUCUGGACCUCAGUAAGUUCUCAAAACAACAAUCGAAAUAUGAAGCUUUUCGCAGUAAAUUGUAUUUGAGGUCAGCGGAUUCUCUUAACUGGGCAAGGUGUAAACUUAGGAAACACAAUAUUGAUCAGGAGGGUUCGGAAGCGAAAGACUUGAAACUUAAUUCCGAGAAAUAUAAAUUUCUACCUUGCCUGGAUUCAGUAAGUUCCUGCUCUGAUAUGGAAGAUCGUAACGCGUUACUUGAGACAUGGGUGAGGAAAGAUAAGAUGAAGCACAAGCUUGAUGAUGGCAAUAUGUUUAAGCAGAAUGUGAUGCUUACGAAAGUUGCAGAUGUGAUAGUGGAUGCAGAGAAUAAAUUUGCAGUCAAGCCCUCUGUAAAAUCCGAGUAUGAGCAAAUAGGGGAAGACGACGAUUUUUCUAGCUGUGCUACAGAUACUUCUCUUUCACAGGACAAACCAAUUGGAUUUCAUGAAGAAAGUUCUGAUUUCUCGCGCUGCUCUGGCACGGAGCUGGAUUCUCUGGUGAGUUUGGAAGAGGCUUAUCAGCCUACUCCAACAUCAGUUCUGGAACCACCAUUUAGCGAAGAGGCUAUAAUUAGCUCCGAGUUCUUGGGAAUGGUAAAGGGUGACAUCUGUGACUUAAGAAGACAUCUUGAACUUCUAAAAUCAGAGGACUCAGAAACAUACUCAGAUGGAUCUGGAAUGGCUGUAUCAAGUGAUGAUGAAAGCGAGGAAAAAUCUGCAGGCCACUCAAAAGGGGAUGAAGUGACUAUGAAAAUCUUCAUAGUCGAAGAAAGUAGAAACUUCUCAUACCUUGUUGACGUGUUAGCAGAGGCGAGUUUUCACUGUUGGAAUUUGGAGGAAUUCGGUACCUGGCACUCUCUGGAUUGCCCAAUAAGCCUUUCGGUCUUUGAGACCUUAGAGAAGAAGUACGGUGAACAGAUGUCUUGGAAGAGGUCGGAGAGAAGACUUCUGUUUGACCGCAUGAAUGAAGGGUUGAUGGAGAUUAUCCUUCCGUGCAUCGGUGUACCUGCAUGGAAAAAGUCUGUGUCGAGAAGGUUGAGCUCUGUUCGUGACGAGGAGAUGAUUCAGGAAGAUCUCUGGAGGUUGCUUGUUAGCCAAGAAAAGGAAUGUUGCAAGAGCUCGGCAGAGACACUGCUAGAAAGUGAAUUAGGAAAGUUAGAUUUAGGAGACGAGAUUGAUGCUAUUGGUACGGAAAUAGAGAGAUUGUUGUUUGAUGAGCUCAUGGCAGAGUUUUUUUUUUAGCGUGAAGAGUUCUUGAACACAGUCCUUUUUUCUUUUGUAUUCUUUUUCUGCACAACAUUCUUGUGAACAAGCCCCAGUUAGGGGGUGGGGGAAGACGUGUACAGACAUUGCAAAGUUUUGGUCAAGUGAGUAAGUUUGAUAGAGUGAAAGAGGCUUAAAGUUUGUUAGAGUGAAGAGUUCCAAAGUUUGAUAGAGUGAUGAUUUUUUUUUUCCUCUUAGUGAAGAUCAUGGAUAUUUUGCUCAUGCUCAUAAGAAAAGAUGUGUAUAGACACUGGGAAAUUUUUUGAUAGAGUGAAGA